AUGACAACUUCAGACCCCACCGUCACCGAAGAAAACACGUACGACGUGGUAAUCGUCGGGGGAGGCCCAGUUGGCCUUCUUCUGGCAUACCAGCUUAAGCGCUUCGGCGUAUCCGCGUGUGUGUUGGAGCAGCACAGAAAGGAGACGCAGGAUGCAUAUGGGCGAGCGAUUGCCUUAUUCCCGCGCACUUCAGAGCUGCUGGAUCAGCUGGGUGUGAUUGAGCCAAUGCUACAGCUGGGGUUUUCUUGUCGGAAUAGUGUCACAUAUAAGGAUGGGGAGAGGGUCAUCCCAGGUCGGGUCUGGACGUUCAUGGAGAACAUCAAAGACACUGCGUACGGCUUUACCCUCGUCCUGCGGCAAAUGUACACAGAAUCGAUCCUUCGGGAGAAGCUGCAAUCUGUUGGAGCGACUUAUCACCAGGGAACGGAGUGCGUUGGCUUCGAAUGCGACGAGGGCACAGCACCUGAUGGGUAUGCAAUGACAUCUACCUUUCGAAAUGCCGCGACACAGGAAACUUUCCAUUUGAAGAGCAAGUACCUCAUCGGUGCAGACGGGGGACGCAGCUUCGUCCGCCGACACACAAGAAUUCCCUUUGAAGGCGACACGUCCGAAGAUAGGUGGAUUCGAAUAGAUGGGAUAGUUGAGACAGACAUGCCGGUUACUCGUGCCUAUGGCGCGAUCGAAAGUAGAACACACGGAAACGUCCUCUGGGCUCCGCUCGACCACGGCGCCACAAGAAUCGGCUAUGCAUACAGCUCAGAGAUCGCUACCAAAUACCCGGAUGGCGUGACGCAAGACGUAGCCGUGCAAGAAGCAAUCGAAGCCAUGAAGCCUUUCAAGGUCACCUUCAAGGAAGUGCACUGGUGGACACUCUACACAAUCGGGCAGCGCAUCGCAAAGACUUUCUCGACGACCAACAACCGAAUCUACCUCUGCGGCGAUGCAGCACACACGCAUAGCAGUGGCGCCGCACAGGGUCUCAACACGGGUAUCCAUGAUGCUGUUAACCUCGGAUGGAAAUUGGCGCUGCACAUUCGAGGACUCACAAAGCCCGAGGUACUGGAGACGUACACGGCCGAGCGGUUGACGGCUGUGCAGAAGCUGAUCAACUACGACAAGGAUAUUGCGAUGCUCAUGUCCUGCAAAUGGCCUGCCUGGUAUACGGGCGAUCCGAAUGCAGACCCGCAUCUUGUCCUGGGGCAGAUAUUUGACAAGGCUGCUGCGUUCAAUACGGGAUUAGGCAUCUCCUAUCCGGAAAAUGUGCUGAACGAUACGACAUCGGCAUCAUGGUGCGCUUUCAUGGCGGGAAGCCGGCCUCCAGACGUUGAAUUGAGGAUGCCUGGCACGAACCAGAGCAUCCGACUGCAGAAAAUUACGCCGAACCUGGCCAAGUUUUGGGUUGUUGUCUUCACGGGUAGUAGUAAACCGAGUAUUCAAAGAACGUUGCUGAAAUUGCAGCGGUAUCUGCGCGACACGGCGCCAGAGCUUACAUCGCACAAGAGCAUUGAAUGGUUGACAAUAACUUCGACCGUCGGAUGCUCGCCGUAUGAAGCCCUGGGGACGAGUCCCCUUGGAAACGCGUAUUUUGAUGCAGCGAAACCCUCAGCUCAUGACAGGAUGGGGGUGGAUUCGGAGAAGGGCGCCGUCGUGAUCCUACGGCCGGAUGGGUUGAUUGGCGCUACGAGUGCGGUAGAAGGGGGGUCAAUCCGGGAAUAUUUCUCGAGGGUUCUUGCUUUCUAG